AUGAAGCAGCAUUAUCUUCAGGGUAGACAUGUAGCACUCAUUUUUCAGUGCACUUCAUCUCACGAGGUGACUGUUGGACAAACUCGUGAGUGGGCUCAUUCACUGAAGAUACCGUUCUUCCGUCUAUCCCCCAGAUUGACUCGUGCUAUUGAAUUAGACACCUCUGCUACGGAUGUUAUCUUCGAUUUUAUGUUUGAAACAGAGGUUUAUAUCAGAACUCAAGUGCAGGAGGAUAUCAAGGAUAUAUGUCGUCUCUUAAGAGCACUUCCCGAGUCGACAACACAAGAUUACGAUAAAACGAUUCAUUAA